GUACAACAUGGUCCAAAAAACUUAAAAACUUUAGUUAAGAUGGCGGUAUUAUUGUAAUGAUUAAUUGUUUAAUUAUGCGUAUUGUUAAUGAGAAUAUAUUUUCUAUUGAAUAAGGAAUAUUCUUCCUGCUAAAUUAAAUAAUUUUGAUACAAAAUGUCUUGGCCAGUGCCAUCUGGGUCCUGGAAUGCCGGAGUUCCCAUGACUUCGAAUAUGAACAUGGGGUAUACGCCUGAUCAAUGGACUCUAAUACAACAACAAAAUUGGCAACAGUGGGCACAAUGGCAACAACAAUAUGCCCAGUGGCAAAUGCAAUAUGGAGACAAGUAUACGGAGCAAAUGCAGACUGUACCAGCAGUGGGCUCUGGCCCUCCUUUACCUCCAGUUAAUUGUGCACCCCCUCCUGCGCCCCCGCCGCCCGAUCAACCUCCUCCGCCACAUAAAAACGACAGGCCUCUCUAUACUCCUAAACCUCCACCACCAUCAAACCCUCCAAGUAAUCAAGAUAAUAUAAAUAAUACAAAACCAAUGGACAGUAAUACCCAAUCUUGGGCUAAUGCUGCAGACAGCCGCAAUACUUCCCAGAAUUCCGAGGCUCUUAAAAAAUUAUUAGAGGAAGAGAGAUUGUUUGAUAUUCAAUUUCAUAAAUGGGAGGAAGAAAUUGAAAAAUGGAAAGCAGAAAAUGUUAAUCAUCCUGAUAAACAAGCAUACAGUGAAUAUGAACAAAAAUUUGAGGCUUGCCGGGCACAGCUGUUAGAGAGACGUCAACAGAUGAAACAAAAGCGAGCUCGAUUAACUGGAAUGCCCCCUCCGGCACUGAGUAAUACAAGUUCAAUCAAUAAUGUUCAACUAGUUCCUCCACCGCCACUAACCCCAAAUCCUGGAAAUAAUUGCCCUCCAAUUGACGUACAAACACAAAAACCUAAUAUUAAUCCAGAUAUAAACUAUACUCGCCAAAGUCAUAACUUGGAACCUAAUCAAUACCAACAUUAUGAAGAAGCUCAACAUUCUUAUAAUAGUGAUAAUUAUGGACAAGUAGGUCUAGUACACACAAAUAAGUCUUAUGAAAAUGUUGAUCCUUAUUGCUAUCCUAGUAUGGAACAGUCAAAAUUUAUGCCUACAAAUGAAGCUUCCAAAGGUAUCCCAGGAUUAGACUUGAUUCCUGAAGAUAAACUGUCAAAUAAAUCUCAAGAUAUUAUAGAUAUAACUGGGGAAAAAAUUGCAGAUAAAAUAGGAUUACAUUCACAAACUCCAGAUUAUACUACAAUUUCUAAAGGUAUAAAUAAUAUAUUGGGUGAUGAAAAAAUUAUGAAUAUUCUUUCAAUGGUUUGUCAAAAAGCUAGUGAUCCUGUUGGUAAUCAAUUCCAGAGUAAUGUGGAAACAGCUAACACUUACCAGUACAAUAAUUCCGAUUUUGGUAAAAGGCAAAAUAUGUCCUUUAAUCAGGGAUCUAAUGAUUCUUACAACAGAGGUAAUGGGCAAUUUGUACAGAGUCCUUACAAUCAAGUUCAGAAGGAUUUACCAAUUGAUCAAUAUUAUGGAAAUUAUUCUCAAAACAAUAUACCACCACCACCAAGAAAUCAAAUUAAUGCAAUGCCUUUAGGCCACCCUUUACAAAGUCAGCCUAUACAGAGUAAUAUUGAUAAUUAUCCAAGUGUUCUUCAGGAAGGAAGAACUGUCCCUGAUCAUCCAGUACUUUCAACUCCACCCCCUGUACCUAGGUCAAAGUGGAUUGAUCAACCUAUGUUUACACCGUCAAUUAUUGUUGAAUAUGAACACAAGCCAUUGAGACUGAAAGCUCGUGAUUUUAUUGAACCUGUGCACAUAUUUGAGUACAACCAUAAAUCAAAGUAUGGUGAAAGCAAGAAGAAAGAUUUUGAAAGGGAAGCAGAUGAACUAUUUGUAAGACAUCCACGGUCUUCUAAUGUUGAUAAUUUUCCAUCUGAUAGAAUGAGCCGGGAACUUUAUCACAGGGAUUAUGAACGAAGACCUAGAGAAAUUGUUAGAGAACCAUAUAGACCUAGACCUCCAAUGCGAGAUGUAUAUGACGAUAAGCGUAGGAAUGAUGUUAGAUUAGAUGAUUGGAGAUGUGAUGAUUCUGAUAAGUUUACUCGUAGAGAAGACUUUUAUAGAGAUAGAGAAAAAAGUAGAGAUGAAUUUAAGGAUAGAUACAAAGAUUAUAGGAGGGAUGAAAAUAGAAAUCGUAGUAGGAGCAAAGAAAAAGAAAACCGGAAGAGAGAUCACAGCAAUGAUGAUGAUAGAAAUUUUACAGCUAAAAAAGGAAAAGAAUCUGUAGAAAAUAAGGAGGCAGUUAGAGCAAAGCAUGUUGUAAUGAUAGAUGACAUAUUAGAACCUCCAGGACGGGAAAUGAGACCCAAGAAAAUUGCUAUAAUUUUAAGAGGGUUGCCAGGCAGUGGUAAAUCAUAUUUGGCUAAAUUGAUAAGAGAUAAAGAAGCUGAACAUGGCGGAACUGCAAGAAUAAUGUCAAUAGAUGAUUACUUUAUGCAAGAGGGAGAAGUUGAAGUCAGUGAUCCAGUCACAGGCAAAACUAUUAAAAAACCUUCAUUAAAAUAUGAAUAUGAAAAACACAUGGAAGAAAGCUACUUGAAUUCACUAAGGCGAGCAUUCAAAAGAAGUAUUACGGAUGGUUAUUUUACGUUUAUAAUAUUUGAUGCUGUGAAUGAAAGUUUAAAAUGUUAUGCUGAUGUUUGGAACUUCUCCAGGCAGCAUGGAUUUCAGGCGUAUGUUUGCACCAUGGAGGCAGAUGUAGCAACGUGUUACAAGAGGAACAUUCACAAUCGUACAUUGGAAGAUAUUGAACAGCUAAAAGCGAAGUUUUUCCCCACACCGAUGCAUCACAUACAGCUGGACCCGACCACAUUGUUGCAGAGUGCCGCUAUCACUGAUGUGCAAAUGGAAGACGCUGAAGAUGCAGUCACUACGGAGGAUGCUGUGGAAGAAACGGAGGUUGAAAAUCUUUUUACAUCGAAAUGGGAGAAAAUGGACGACGCUGUCAAACUAGCGCGGCUCGACGGCACCAGCAAACCUCUCCGGCCAUCGCAACUCUCCAUGGAAGACUACCUCCAGAUAGACGAAUGGAAACCAAACAUUGCAAAGCCGGGGAAGAAAACUGUACGAUGCUUGUGAUAAGAUUGAUAUGGUAAGUGAUAUUUUAUAUUUACAGACGAUUGCCUUAAUUUUAUUAUUAAACAGAUUAUUUUACUUCAAAAAAAAGUUCAAACAGGUCACCUGAGGUACGACUGCUGCCUAUAUGCACCUGCAAUACGCUAAUUACUUGACUUGCAGAUGACGUUCCCUAACUCGAUAACACAGAGCAUAAACAGAAGUAAGCUUAUUCCUUUUCCUGUCCGUUUUCCUAUCAAAUUUACUUUCUGGUCCCUUCGUUUUCUCAUUUUAAGGUUGGGCCCGGGACGAGAACUAUUAUUGAGCCUCCUGCAUCUUACUCAUCGAAAUGAAAGUAUAAUUUACUUAAUUUUUAUUCAGUUUACCAUUGUUACGUCUUUUAUCUCUUUCCUUUUAAUUUACCACUGUCUUUUAUAACUUGUUAUAACCUAAGUAUCUUUCUCUUUACUAAUACUUAAAUAUCUGAGGUCAAUUUAUUCAAAAGGUUUCUCAAGUACGACAAGGUAUGUUCUUAAUUGUAUAAUGAUGGUACUAUAAGAGACAUUAAAAAAUUGGAGCUCUUCAAGUGCGUGAUGUAUCUAUUGUCUGUUAAAGCAAUUAAUAUGACAUUCUCACAGAUCUUUUUCUUGGAAUAAUUGUUAUAUUCCGUGGAAACUAAAGCACUAGCAGCGUUACAUGCGAAUCAAAUAAGGCUAUGAUUUCACUUCGGGCAGCGGUUGAUCUGAAUCGAUAAAAGUAACCUUCGGAUUUUUACUUAGGAUUUAGAUAUGUAGGUACAAUCAGCUACAUAAAUAUGUAAAUAUUUACUAAACUUCAGAAGCCUUUGGUUUCAAAUAUACGUAUUCAUGUACUAUGUAUUCAUUGUUGGAAGAAGAAGACGGAUGCGUUUGUACAUAUUUUUGAAACUGAAGGCGUAUACAAGUUUCUGAAGCUUUGUAAAUGUAUUCAUAUUUAUGCAGCUGACUGUACGUGUGUAAGAUACAUUUCAAAGCAUUGGAGAAAUGUAAAGAAGCUUGCACCCAAAAUAAGUGACUUGGAUCUAUUACCACGCAUUGACAUCUUUAUCGAAAACAUAAAUAUAAUGAAUGAAAUCUAUGAUAACUUAAUUUAUACAGAAAAAUGCAAUACCAAGCCGUAUGCAUUAGUUAAAAUUAAGUCAGGAGUUUAAGAAAGUUGGUAAUGCGUGUCAUUUUUAUUAGCAAAGGUACUAUGAACGUAAUUAGUGACUUCCUGUAUAUCCUGAAUAAAAUAAGUUCCAAUUUAUACAACAAAAUUAGUUCAUUCAAAACAAAUUUAGAUAAUAUUUGUCUCGUAUUAGGUCAUCUUGAAAUUGAAGUUAAACUAAAUGUUUUUGUUGUCUUUUCUUGCUUUUUAAUUGUAGUCAAUAUCGUCAAAUACAAUUCAUUAGGUUUAGCCCAACUUCGUCAAUACUGCAAGAGGAUUUAAAAGAUUAUCUUGAGAUGGUACGAGGAUACAAUAUGAAGAGACGUAUGCGGACUGCAGGAUUUCAGGUAUGUGGAUUGAAUUUUUUAAAUAUAGUUUCCUCAUUGAAUAAAAAAUAAACAAAUUUAUUUAACA